AUGGAGAUCAUGAAAGCGUCACAGUUUGUUCAAAGCGAAUACUUUUUAUCGAAUAAGCUUGUCAGUAUCUGGAAGGAUGGUGGACACAAGGGGUUGACUUGCUUCAGUAAUAACGGUAGGCAACAUGAUCGUGUAGCGAUGAUUACGGUAAGUGACCAGAUGAUGGAUACUGGUAAUGACGGUGGUGUGGGUGAUACUGUAACGGUAAUUACACUUGACCAGGUGACGGAUACUGGUAAUCACGGUGGUGAAGGUGAUACUGUAAUGGUAUUUACAUGUGACAAAGUGAUGGAUACUGGUAAUUACGGUGGUAUGGGUGAUACUGUAACGGUAAUUACAUGUGUCCAGGUGACGGAUACUGGUAAUCACGGUGGUGUGGGUGAUACUGUAACGAUGAUUACACUUGACCAGGUGACGUAUACUGGUAAUUACGGUGGUGUGGGUGAUACUGUGACGCAAUUCGUCUUGGUGUUGGGAACUGAGCGAGUCGUUCCUUUACAACUCGGACUUUGUCAGUCCACGGAAGCUGUUUUGCGUGCACCCUCCGUGUGCACUAUUCGACACAUUGGAGAUGUUGAUUGUGAGACCACCUUGUACCUUGUCUGUGAAGAGACUGUAGCCAUCUUUACUGUUAAAGUGUAUGAAUGGAGAGUGAUUCUCCGUGAACUCAUCGCAACGGGAAAGGAUUUGGGGUAUGAAGGUACCAAGUUGCAGGAGUUUAUACGAGAGGAGCAGGCGAAAGAAAGAGAGGAACGUGAGCAGGAGAGACAGGAUCGCCAAGCGAGGAGAGAGGCCGAAGAGGCUAGAGCUGAAGAGAGAGCACGAAGGGAGCAUGAACGCAAGAUGGAACUCUUUCAAGCUGGAAUGGGUACUCUAGAAGAGUCGUCCUUUUCUACUCCUAGAGAUUUGCCUGUGCAUAGAGGUCCUAAGUUACCAGCUUUUGAUGAAAGCAAAGACAACAUGGACGCUUACAUACAGCGAUUUGAAAGAUAUGCUUCAGCGCAACAAUGGAAGAGAGAAGACUGGGGAGCGAACUUGAGCGCAUUGUUGAAAGGAAAGGCAUUAGAUGUAUUUUCACGAUUACCAGUUCAGCAGUCGCUGGACUUUGAUGAACUCAAGACGGCACUCCUAAAAAGGUUUGAAAUGACGGAUGAGGGGUUUCGGAAAAGUUUUAGGACUUCAAGACCGGAAGGAGGUGAAACAUUUACACAGUUUGCCAUCCGACUUCAUAAUUAUCUGGAGAGAUGGAUAGAGUUAACAAAGACUGAAAAGUCAUUCAACGGGCUCAAGGAUUUGAUUCUUCGGGACCAACUUCUCCAUUGCUGUAAUCAGGACCUGUCGUUAUUCCUGAAGGAGAGAGUUCCGACAUCAAUUGACGAGAUGGCUAGACUUGCCGAUCAGUUUGUCGCAGCACGAGGAACUCGAGCCAACUUGGUGUCUUUCAAAGGUCAUGGACAGAAAGGGGGAGGAAACAAGACAUCAUCUGUCUCAGCAUCUGGAAACUCUUCUUCUGAAACUCCAUCGGUGAAGAAACCAUCUGGUAGUUACAGAGAUAAAGAGUGUUUCUUCUGUAAGAAGAUGGGUCAUAUAGAGAGAGAUUGCCGUAAGAAGAAAGCUGGUGAGAAUAGAGUUGCCUCUAUAUCCCGGGCGCAAGGAAGUCAUUUUGACAGAAAGAGGAUACCUCAGGGCACGGUGAAAUCCAAAGACACCGAAGAGUUAGAACAGAACGGAAGCACCACGAAGACUUUGAGUGCCCCUUGUAAUUUGAAGUUAUCAGGUACAGAUGCCAUGCCGGUGGUAUUUGGGCGUGUAGAAGGAAAGCUUGCCACUGUUCUGAGAGAUUCUGGAUGUGAUGGAAUAGGAGUCAAGAGGAGUCUCGUGGAACCUCAGCGGAUCACUGGGAGGACAAAGUCUUAUUACUUGGCAGAUGGAACGCUCAUCAAAUGUCCCCUGGUAAAUCUUGAAGUGGACACACCCUACUUCAAAGGACACACGGAAGCAUUUGUUUUGGACUCACCCAUUUAUGACCUGAUUGUUGGAAACGUAAAGGAAGCACGCCCUGUUGGUCAGCCGGAUGAGAACUGGAAGAUGGUAGGGGCCGUGCAAGCUGUUGAGACGAGGGCACAGGUGAAGAAGAAGCGGUGGGCGUAUAGAGCUCUUCAUGUACCAGAGAGUAUUGAAGACAUUGGUAGUGUUCAGGAACUUAAGGAGGAACAACAGAAAGAUGUGACCUUGGAGAAAUUCAGAAAACUGGCUUCGAAGGCAGAACCUUACAUUCGAGAUGAUGGCGGAAGGUCAACUGUGUUCUACCAUAAAGAUCUGCUUUAUCGGGAGUUUCAAAGCCCUAAGGUGGCGAAUGGAAGGGUCUUCAGACAGCUAAUACUGCCAGAGAAGUACCGUCACACCGUCAUGAGACUUGCACAUGAGUCGAUUAUGUCCGGGCAUUUAGCAGCAAAGCGUACGACGAGCCGAGUACUCUCCGAGUUCUUCUGGCCGGGAAUCCAGGGAGAUUUGACUCGUUUCUGUCGCUCUUGUGACGUGUGUCAGCGCACUUUUCCAAAAGGGCGAGUACCAAAGGCACCAUUGGGAAGCAUGCCGUUAAUAGACACCCCAUUUAAAAGGAUAGCAGUCGACCUUGUGGGACCUCUUGAGCCAGCCACUGAUCGAGGAAACAAGUAUAUUUUGACUAUUGUUGACUACGCCACCAGGUAUCCGGAGGCGGUCGCAUUAAAAGGCAUAGAGACUGAGAGAGUUGCCGAGGCACUAGUGGAGGUAUUUAGUCGUGUUGGAGUACCUACCGAAAUGUUGACAGACCAAGGAGCUCAAUUCACCUCCAAUUUGAUGAAGGAAGUCAGUCGGUUACUAUCAAUCCGUCAACUCACAACAACGCCGUACCAUCCUCAGUGUAAUGGCCUCGUAGAGAGGUUCAAUGGAACCUUAAAACGGAUGUUGAGGAGGAUGAGCACAGAAAGACCUAAGGAUUGGGAUCGAUAUCUCAACGCUCUCCUUUUUGCAUACAGAGAAGUACCGCAAGAAAGUCUAGGGUUUUCGCCAUUCGAAAUGUUGUAUGGGAGAGCUGUGCGAGGCCCCAUGAUGAUUCUUAAAGAGCUACUGACAAAGGAGAUGCCAGACGACGACAUUAAGACCACAUAUCAGUACGUCAUUGAUUUGAAGGAGAGGAUGGAAGAUACAUGUCAGAUCGCCUUGGAGCACCUGAAAGAAGCCAAGGUAAUGCAGAGAAAACAUUUCAAUAGAAGAGCUAAGGCUAGAGAAUUGAAACCCGGAGAUAAAGUGCUGGUCCUUCUACCAACUAAGGCUAACAAGCUCCUCAUGCAAUGGAAAGGGCCGUUCGAAGUCUUGGAGAAAGUGGGACAGUUCGAUUAUCGAAUCAACCAGCAGGGAAAAGAGAAGACUUUCCACAUAAACCUAUUGAAGAAGUACUUGGAGCCCCUCAGCAUCAUUACGGAGGAGAUAGGCGGAGUUUUGUCCUGUGUGAUGAAUACGGUUGUGUCAGAGGAGGAUGUUGAUGAUGAAAUGGAGUUUCCGUGCGAACUCGAAACGGUUCCAAUUGACAACAGAACGGAGAACAUAGAACACGUUGAAAUUUCGUCUGAUUUGACUGAAGUACGUACGGCUGAAGUCAAGAAGCUGAUGACUGAUUUUCAGGACGUUCUUACGGAUCUUCCGGGAAGGACAAACUUAGCGGAACAUGUAAUACAUACAUCCACCAAGGAUCCUGUGCAUGUCAAGCCAUAUCAGUUACCGUACAACACCAAGGAAGUCAUCGGAGAAGAGGUGAAGAAGAUGCUUGAAAUGGGCGUCAUUGAGCCGUCUACAUCACCAUACUCUGCACCUGUCGUGCUGAUCAAGAAAAAGGAUGGGACAAACCGUUUUUGUAUUGAUUUUCGAAGAUUGAAUCGAGUCACCAUAUUCGACGCAGAGCCUAUGCCAAACACCGAAGACAUCUUCACAAGAGUCGCUGGAGCUAAAUUUUUCUCUAAGCUAGAUCUUAGCAAAGGCUAUUGGCAAGUUCCCCUAUCUUUGGAAGCGAAACAGAUGACGGCAUUCUCGACUCCCCAGGGACUUUUCCAGUUCAAGGUAAUGCCUUUCGGGUUGAUGAACGCCCCGGCAACGUUCAGCCGUUUGAUGAGAAAGUUGUUGCAUGGAAUGGAACAUGUUGAUAACUUCAUCGAUGAUAUCCUCAUCUAUACUAGUACGUGGGAGGAACAUUUGGAGGUGUUGCGGGAGCUUUUCAGACGUCUACGCAGGGCAGGACUUACUGCAAGACCAAGUAAAUGUUCUAUUGGUUUUGGCAGUCUACCUUGCUUGGGUCACAUUGUUGGAGACGGAAGACUGCGUCUUGAGGAGUCAAAGAUUUCUGCCAUAGAUAACGCACCGAGGCCAACAACGAAAAAACAGGUUCGUUCGUUCUUGGGACUGGCAGGUUUUUACAGGCGCUUCAUCCCUAACUUUGCUGCUAUUGCCGUUCCAUUGACGGACUUGACAAAGAAAGGCAAUCCUACCAAAGUCUUAUGGGAUAUGAGUCACGAGAAGGCAUAUACAACCCUCAAAAGGUUGCUUACAACGAAACCAGUUUUGAAGUUACCCGACCUCGAGCAAGAGUUUAUUCUACGCACUGAUGCGUCAGAUACAGCUUUGGGAGCUGUUCUGCUUCAAGAGGAAAACGGUCAAACGAUGCCAGUGGCUUAUGCAAGCAGGAAGCUUUUACCCAGGGAGAAGAAUUACGCAAUUGUUGAGAAAGAAUGCUUAGCAAUAGUGUGGGCGGUACAGAAAUUUGAGCCCUACAUCUACGGAAAGGAAUUCGUACUUGAGACAGAUCAUCAGCCUCUCACUUAUUUGCACCGGUCCAAGACCGCAAAUGCCAGACUGAUGCGUUGGGCACUUCUUCUGCAGCCAUACAGACUCAGAAUACGAGCCAUAAAGGGCCAAGACAACGUUGGAGCAGAUUUCCUCAGCAGGAUCUAG